UAGAGUCGAGGCACCCCACAUAAAAACAAUAUGAGGCAAGCUGGGACAUACUCAGGAAUACUUUCUGGUGGUUUAUCGGGAAAAACUGGGCCUCACUCAUUGCCUUUGGCAAGAAUCAAGAAGAUCAUGAAGAAAUCCGGUGACGAUGUGAAGAUGAUAUCCGGCGAGGCACCGAUUGUGUUCUCAAAAGCAUGUGAGCUCUUCAUUGAGGAUCUAACACAAAGGUCUUGGAUGAUGACCAUGCAAGGCAAGAGGAGAACGCUUCACAAGGAGGAUGUUGCCUCUGCUGUUAUAGGAACAGAUAUCUUUGACUUUCUUGUCAACUUGGUGUCUCAUUCCAGCCACUCCAUGGAUGAUUCUGUGGAGAUAGAAACAACUUGCGAAUGAUAAGACCUUCACCCCCUCCCAACAUCUCUCUGACUCAAAGUACAGACUUGAUCCAAUAUUAAAACUGUAUGAUCUCCAAAACUACUUCCUCUACUUGAUCUACCCUAAGUAACAUGGUCGAUGCACUACUUUUCUGGUAAAAUUAUUUUAAUAGACGUUAUGUAUACAUAGAGAACAAACAAUGGUGGGGGUAUGCAUGUAACCUAGCCAUCUCUGUGUGCUUGAAUCAUUUUAUAUUGCAAAGUCUAAAUUAAUUUGAGCACA